AUGGCAUCUCAGCCUCCGAUCGCUUUGUUGUCUGUGUAUGAUAAGACAGGUCUGCUCGAGUUAGCAGAAGGCCUUCAAAAAGCUGGAGUGCAGCUCCUUGGUUCUGGCGGGACAGCAAAGAAAAUCAGAGAUGCUGGCAUUCCAAUAAAGGAUGUAUCGGAUAUUACGAAGGCACCGGAGAUGCUUGGUGGACGAGUGAAGACAUUGCAUCCUGCAGUUCACGGUGGUAUUCUUGCACGCUCCAUCCCCUCUGACGAACAAGACCUCUCAGCACAGGGUAUUGCACCCAUCUCUAUCGUCGUCUGCAACCUCUACCCCUUCGCUCAGACUAUCGCCGCGCCAAACUGCACGCUCGCAGGCGCAGUAGAGGAAAUUGAUAUCGGAGGUGUCACACUUCUUCGUGCAGCUGCCAAGAACCAUUCACGUGUCGCAGUGCUUUCAGAUCCGUCUGAUUAUGCGCCAUUCCUUGAUGCACUCACGGCUGGAACAGCACUCGCUGAGAAAGAGGGCCAGAAGCUAAGGAGUAAGCUUGCGUUGAAGGCAUUUGAGAUGACGGCUACGUAUGACGAUGCUAUUUCGGGGUACUUCCGGGAGCAAUACGCGAGUCCCGGAGAGGUUCUUGUAGGACCUGUGCAGCGUAUUCCACUUCGGUAUGGUGCGAAUCCACACCAGGCUCCAGCUCAGGCGUAUGUCAAGGAGGGCGAGCUUCCUUUCAAGGCCCUUGUCGGUUCACUGGGGUACAUAAAUCUCCUCGAUGCACUCAAUUCCUAUGCGCUUGUGUCAGAAUUGCAGGAAGCCCUCGCUCUUCCCGCUGCCGCAUCUUUCAAGCAUGUCUCACCUGCAGGUGCAGCUGUAGGCAUAGAACUGAACGACACGGAAAAACAAGUUUAUGGCGUUGAUGAUUUGAAAGAGCCACUGACGCCUCUCGCGUGUGCUUAUGCUCGCGCACGAGGUGCAGACCGCAUGUCCUCAUUCGGCGACUUCAUCGCCCUCUCCGCUCCUUGCGACCUCGCAACCGCGCGUAUCAUCUCACGCGAAGUCUCCGACGGUGUCAUCGCACCGGGCUAUGCUGGCGAGGCCCUCGAGGUCCUCGCAAAGAAGAAAGGCGGGAAAUACUGCGUUUUGCAGAUUAAUCCAAAUUACAAACCGGGAGAGAUUGAAACACGUCAAGUGUAUGGCGUUCAUCUACAGCAGCGUCGGAACGAUGCAAAGAUCGAUCCGGGGUUGUUUAAGAAUAUCGUUUCCAAGAACAAAGAGCUCCCAGAAUCAGCAAGCACAGACCUAAUCGUCGCAACCCUCGCACUCAAGUACACACAAUCCAACAGCGUUGCCUACGCCCUACGCGGCGCAAUCAUCGGUCUCGGCGCCGGCCAGCAAUCCCGAAUCCACUGUACUCGUCUCGCAGGGACGAAAGCUGACUUAUGGUGGCUCCGUCACCAUCCACGUAUCCUCUCCCUCCCCUUCAAGCCCGGAGUCAAACGCGCCGAGAAAGCCAACGCGAUCGACCUGUUCGUCGGUGGUGAAACACUCGAAGGCGGUGAACGCGCUCAGUGGGAAGGACUCUUUACGGAAGUGCCGAAAGAGCUGAGUAAAGAGGAGAGAGAGGAACAUUUGAAGAAGAUGGACGGUGUAGCGUGCUCGAGUGAUGCGUUCUUCCCGUUCCCGGAUAAUGUGCAUCGAGCAAGGAGGAGUGGAGUGAAGUACCUCGCUGCUCCCUCUGGCAGCGUGAUGGAUGAAGAAUGUAUCAAGGCAGCGGAUGAGCAUGGGAUUGUAUUUGCUCAUACGAACCUUAGGCUGUUCCAUCAUUAGACAGUGGCGCGGUUCUCCGUAGUCUGGAAAUAGUUUGAGGAACCAAAACGCAUAAAAUGUAUCUUUAGGAUUUCGUCUGGGCGGACGUGAAUGAUCAGAAUAU